AUGGCAGUGGGGUUCCGCCGGCGGCUCACGGCGCUCACGGUCCCGAAGGCCUCGUCGCUACUCCGCCGCACGCGGCACGAGAAGCUGUCCUACUCCCGCGUCCGCUGCAACAGCCUGCCGGGGCGCUUCCACCCGGUAGUGGCGGGCCUGCACGAGUCGGCGAACGCGCUCAUCGUCUGGACCGAGGAGCCGGCGCAGGCCUUCAGCCCGGCGUGGGUCGCCGACGGGGCGGCGCGUCUGGGCCGCCUCCUGUCCGGGCUGACGGACCUGCUCCACCACCCGCAGGCGCGGGACCCGCUCCGCCACCACCACCACCAGGGGGGCAACAGCAAGCCGGCGGCGCCGUGGGCCGAGCGCCUGCUGGACGACCUGCUCCUCCUGGCCGACGCGCACGGGUGCGUCCGCGAGGCGCUCCUGGCGCGGCGCCAGCUCCUCGCCGAGGCGCACGCCGCGCUGCGCCGCCACGACGCCGCCCGCCUGGCCGCGGCGCUCCGCGCACGGCGACGCGCCGACCGCGACCUCUCCCGCCUCGCCUCCACGCUGCGCCGCCUCUCCCACCGCUCCUCGUCCGCCUCCACCGCGGUAGCGGCGGCGGUGGAGCACGGCGGCGAGGCCGCGGUGGCCGACGCCGUCGCGGCCGCCACGUGCGCCGCGGCGGCCGCGUCGGCAGCCAUCUUCGCCGGGCUCGCGUCCGCUUCCGCCUCGUCAUCGGCCUCCCGCGCGAUGCCGUCCCCGCUGGCGUCGGUGGUCUCGCCCGCAAAGGUGGCCGCCGCGCCGGUGUGGUGGGUCGCCGACCUCCUUAGGUGGCGCCGCCGCACGGUGGCCGUCGUCGCUGCCAGCGAGUCCUCCGGGCCCGGUGCGGAAGAGCAGGUGCCUCUCGAGGCAGAGUGCUGCAGCGAGGAGGAGGAGGAGAGGCAGGCGGCCAUGGAACGCCUGCGGAGGCUGGAGGACUGCGUCGUGGCCGCGGAGAACGGCUGCGAGCAGGUGUACCGGGUGCUCGUUAACGCGAGGGUGGCGCUGCUCAACGUGCUCACGCCGUGCUUUUGA